AUGCUUGUACGGUGCUGCUUUCCAUUAAACAGGAAGGUGUUGCUGCCACUACUCACCAACACUCGCCUCUUCUCCUGUUCUUCUACUUCAACUGCAACAUUCACAAUCAAAAUCACACCUUCAAUUUUGAAACAAUGCAACUCUUUAACCCAUGCCAAACAGUGGCAUCAGCAGAGCAUCGUGCAGGGUCUCCUCCAUUUAGUCACGGGCCUCAUCGGCGCAUACAUGGCCUGCAAUUCCUCUGUCACCGCCAUUGUGCUUCUAGAGCGCCUUCCCCCUUCACCAUCUUCCGUUUUCUGGUGGAACCAACUCAUAAGGCGCGCCGUCCAUCUCGGAAUCCCUCGCCACGUUUUCGCUCUCUUCCGUCGGAUGAAGUCACUGGGGUGGACCCCUGACCACUACACCUUCCCUUUUCUCUUCAAAGCUUGUCCCUUUCUCUCCCUCGGUGCUUCCCUCCAUGCUACCGUUGCACGCUCUGGCUUUGCCUCCAAUGUAUUCGUUUGCAAUGCGCUGGUCUCUAUGUAUGGCAAGUGUGGUGCUAUCACUCACGCACAGCACAUGUUCGAUGAUUUGUGUCACUGGGGUAUUCAGGACUUGGUGUCUUGGAAUUCCAUUGUGUCUGCUUAUAUGUGGGCCUCUGAUGCAGAGACUUCACUUUCAUUGUUUCGUAAAAUGACUAGACUGGAUUUGGUGUCCCCGGACGUGAUCAGCCUCGUUAACAUACUUCCCGCUUGUGCUUCCCUGGCUGCCUCGCUGCACGGCCGAGAGGUUCAUGGGUUUGCUAUCAGAAGCUGGUUGAUGGAUGAUGUUUUUGUGGGAAAUGCUGUGGUUGAUAUGUAUGCCAAGUGUGGAGAGGUGGAAGAGGCCGAUAAGGUUUUCCAGAGGAUGGUGUUUAAAGAUGUUGUUUCUUGGAACGCCAUGGUCAAUGGUUAUUCUCAAGCUGGCAGAUUGGAACAUGCCCUUUCUUUGUUUGAGAGGAUGCGGGAGGAAGACAUUGAGCUAGAUGUUGUGACUUGGACAGCUGUUAUCACAGGGUACGCGCAGCGAGGGCAGGGUUGUGAAGCUUUGGAUGUGUUUAGGCAGAUGUGCAGCUGUUGUUCUCGUCCGAAUGUGGUCACUCUCGUCUCCCUACUUUCAGCUUGUGCCUCUGUUGGGGCAUUGCUUCAUGGGAAAGAAACUCAUUGUUAUGCCAUCAAAUUUAUUCUCAGCUUAGAUGGACCUGAUCCUGGGGAUGAUGAUUUGAAGGUGAUUAAUGGUCUAAUUGACAUGUAUGCUAAAUGCCAAAGCACAGAGGUGGCCAGAAAAAUGUUUGAUUCGGUGUCUUCAAAAGAUAGAGAUGUGGUUACCUGGACUGUGAUGAUUGGUGGGUAUGCCCAACAUGGUGAUGCCAAUCAUGCUAUACAGCUUUUCUCCGAAAUGUUUUGUAAGUCUAUAAAGCCUAAUGAUUUCACUUUAUCAUGUGCCCUUGUGGCCUGUGCUCGUUUGGCAGCAUUGAGGUUUGGAAGGCAAAUUCAUGCUUAUGUGUUGCGCAAUUGCUGUGGUUCUGUUAUGCUGUUCGUGGCUAAUUGUCUUAUAGACAUGUAUUCCAAAUGUGGAGAUGUGGAUACCGCUCAGAUUGUCUUUGACAACAUGCCACAGAGAAAUGCUGUCUCUUGGACGUCUUUAAUGACUGGAUACGGCAUGCAUGGACGUGGUGAAGAUGCUGUCCGGGUUUUUUAUGAGAUGAGGAAGGUGUCUCUGGUGCCUGAUGGAAUAACCUUUCUUGUUUUGCUUUAUGCUUGUAGUCACUCGGGAAUGGUGGAUCAGGGUAUUGAUUUCUUCAAUAGAAUGAGGAAGGAAUUUGGGGUAGAUCCUCGACCAGAGCAUUAUGCUUGCAUGGUUGAUCUCUGGGGUCGCGCGGGUCGGUUAGGAGAAGCUAUGAAGCUCAUUGAUGAAAUGCCUAUGGAACCAACCCCAGUUGUGUGGGUGGCCUUGCUUAGUGCUUGUCGAUUACAUUCGAAUGUGGAAGUUGGGGAACUUGCGGCAAAGCGUUUGUUAGAAUUGGAAUCAGGGAAUGAUGGGUCAUACACAUUGCUUUCAAACAUAUAUGCCAAUGCCAGACGCUGGAAAGACGUGGCUAAGAUUAGAUAUAUGAUGAAACGUACUGGAAUCAGGAAAAGACCUGGUUGUAGCUGGUUGCAAGGAAGGAAAGGCGUUGCAACCUUUUUUGUGGGAGACAGAUCUCACCCAGAGUCUCAAAAGAUAUAUGAAACACUGGCAGACUUGAUUCAACGCAUUAAAGCCAUUGGAUAUGUUCCUCAGACAAGUUUUGCUCUCCAUGAUGUUGAUGAUGAAGAAAAGGGUGACCUACUUUUUGAACACAGUGAGAAGUUGGCUCUUGCCUAUGGCAUCCUAACAUUACCACCAGCUGCACCCAUUCGAAUAACCAAGAAUUUACGCAUCUGUGGUGAUUGCCACACUGCCAUAACCUACAUAUCCAAGAUUGUUGAACAUGAGAUCAUACUGAGAGAUUCAAGUCGUUUCCAUCAUUUCAAAAACGGAUCCUGCUCAUGCAAAGGGUACUGGUGA